UAAAACCCUCCUCUCGUGUCUCUUCUGCUCUCUCGUCACCUAAUGGUGAGUCUCCUCCUCACCUCCAAACCCUAGCUCGCUCCGUCCCCAAACCCGCUCCGAUCCCUCCACCUCCAAUGGCGACCCGCCGCGUCCUCUCCUCCGUCCUCCGCUCCUCUGCUCGUCGAUCGCCGGCGCCCGGCCGUGCCGCGGCUGCGGCGACUCCCCGCGCCCCGAUUGCCCCGCGCCGCCCCUCCCCCGCUGGGUUUCUUCUCUCCCGCGCCGUCGAGUAUGCCACCUCCGCCGCCGUGGCGGCGCCGCCCCCGCCGAAGGCCGGCGCCGCCGGAGCCGGGCCCAGCGGGAAGAUCACCGAUGAGUUCACCGGCGCCGGCGCGAUCGGCCAGGUGUGCCAGGUGAUCGGCGCCGUCGUCGACGUGCGCUACGACGAGGGGCUCCCCCCGAUCCUCACCGCGCUCGAGGUGAUGGACAACUCGAUCCGGCUCGUGCUCGAGGUGGCGCAGCAUCUUGGGGAGAACAUGGUGAGGACGAUCGCCAUGGACGGGACCGAGGGGCUUGUACGGGGGCAAAGGGUUUUGAACACCGGAUCUCCAAUCACCGUGCCUGUUGGUAGGGCUACACUUGGGAGGAUUAUAAAUGUCAUUGGGGAACCCAUUGAUGAGAAGGGUGAAAUAAAGACCAACCAUUUCCUUCCCAUUCAUCGCGAGGCCCCAGCUUUUGUUGAGCAGGCGACUGAACAACAAAUUCUUGUCACAGGAAUUAAGGUUGUUGAUCUACUUGCACCGUACCAAAGAGGUGGAAAGAUUGGGCUGUUCGGUGGUGCUGGUGUGGGCAAAACUGUUCUUAUUAUGGAACUGAUCAAUAAUGUCGCUAAAGCCCAUGGUGGUUUCUCUGUCUUUGCCGGUGUCGGUGAACGUACUCGUGAAGGCAAUGAUUUGUACAGAGAAAUGAUUGAGAGUGGUGUCAUUAAGCUUGGAGACAAACAGGGAGAGAGCAAGUGUGCUCUUGUCUACGGGCAAAUGAAUGAGCCACCCGGUGCUCGUGCUCGUGUUGGGCUUACUGGGUUAACUGUGGCUGAGCACUUCCGUGAUGCCGAAGGGCAAGAUGUGCUCCUUUUCAUUGACAACAUUUUCCGCUUCACCCAAGCGAACUCAGAAGUGUCUGCUUUACUUGGCCGUAUCCCAUCUGCUGUCGGCUACCAACCAACCUUAGCUACUGACCUUGGAGGCCUCCAAGAACGUAUCACAACAACAAAGAAGGGUUCCAUUACCUCUGUACAAGCUAUUUAUGUGCCUGCUGAUGACUUGACUGAUCCAGCUCCCGCAACCACCUUUGCUCAUCUUGAUGCCACAACCGUGUUGUCUCGCCAGAUUUCCGAACUUGGUAUCUAUCCUGCUGUCGAUCCACUUGAUUCGACAUCUAGAAUGCUUUCUCCACACGUGUUGGGAGAAGAGCACUACAACACUGCUCGUGGUGUUCAGAAGGUUCUUCAGAACUACAAGAAUCUUCAAGAUAUUAUUGCCAUUUUGGGAAUGGACGAGCUCAGUGAAGAUGACAAGUUGACCGUUGCUCGUGCUAGAAAGAUCCAGAGGUUCUUGAGCCAACCGUUCCAUGUCGCCGAAGUGUUCACGGGUGCGCCGGGAAAGUAUGUUGAGUUGAAGGAAAGUAUUCAGAGCUUCCAGGGUGUUUUGGAUGGCAAGUAUGACGACCUUCCCGAGCAGUCAUUCUACAUGGUUGGAGGGAUCGAAGAAGUUAUCGCCAAGGCCGAGAAGAUCGCCAAGGAAUCGGCCUCAUGAUAAGUUAGGCUUUUUAUUUCUCUCAGAAUAAUUGAAAAGGUGCGGCGAGCAAUCGCUGCAUACGCGACAACCAUCCUUUUGAGGUCAGCAAAGCUUGAUAGUCAAUUUAUGCUCCAUAAACUGUAGAUUUUUCGUGGAAGAGCUCGCGCCUGCUUUUGCAGGUUCCUUUAGAUUUUUCUUUUUUCCUCCUUUGCCUUUUAAAUUUAACUGAAUAAAAGAAUUUCUGCAAUUUCCUUGCUUUCGAGUGCUUCGAUUCUUUUGGUAUCUUUGCUUUUCGGCUCGUUUA